GUGUGUUUACAAUCGCUGAUGUAAACACAGGAGACGGUUUCCGAAGCGUAUUGAAUCGUCGGGUUGUUUUUGAAGCGUUUUAAUAGUCUAUAGUCAUCUAUGCAGCGGCUCGGACGCCGUUAUUAAGCCGCCAUGGACUUGUACAUCAACCUGAAGGUGAAUUUUCGGGGCAACACGAAGAGUUUCUUGCUGUCCGGCUCCGAGACGAAGAGCUGGGAGUCUAUGGAGGCCACGGUGAAAAGAUCUUUCGGCUUGUGCAGCCUCCAGCUGACGUACUUCGACGAGGAAAACGAAGAGGUGUCUAUCAACAGCCAGUUGGAGUAUGAAGAGGCUCUGAAGAGCGCAGCGCGGCAGGGCAACAGGCUGCAGAUGAACGUGUACGAGAGCAGAGGGACGACCGGACGAGUUCCCGGUCCCGUCCCAGGCCCGGGUUUGUCCCAUGUGAAAUCCGGAAGCCUGACGGAACCGAAGAAAGGAUUCCGGCCUCCUCAGCACUGCCCGAGCCUGGCACAGGCGGUGAGCCGAAAAGUUCAGGCUGCUGUGCCCGAGGAGGGUUUAGUGACCCUUAGUGAGCUAAAGGGCGGUAAAGCAGAGGACAAGACGCCACCAGCCUGGUUUACCUCUUACAUGGAGAAGUUUAAGGAUCAGGUGGUUCGUGAGGCUGUGGAGAAGAUCUGCAGGGAGUUUUCAGGCCAAUGCUGCAUCCAUAAACCCCUGGCAGCCGAGGCCCAGGUCUCCGAGGUUUCCUCGUCCACGCUGCCUGGAGCUCCGAGCUCGGCUCCGGCCUGCAGCAGCUGCAGAGGACAGACGGCGGGCGGAGGAUACCAGUGCAGCGUGUGCACGUCCUGCACCCUGUGUGAGCCGUGUAGCUUCUCGCAUGACCCGAGCCACAACCUGGUGAGAGCUCGGACGCCUCUCUCCAUCCCCGAACGCGGAUCUCCAGCUCCAGAUCAGAGCAGGUUCUACAGACGGGGGGACCGGAGCUUUCGCAAGGCGGAGAAACAGCGCUUGAAGGCGGAGAAGCGGCAGCUGAAGGCGGAGGUGAAGGAGAUCAGGAAGCAGCUGAGGAUGGAGAGGAGGAGUCUGCAGUGGGGAUGUGUGGGAGACGGAAACUCCUCUCCUGUGCUGCUACAGCCGCGAGCCACGCAGGCCAACAGCCCCGAGCGUCCUAAGCGUCCGUGUCCUCUAGCUGUCCCUGCGAUGACGGCGCUGCUGCUGGACGAAAAUCUGCCGGACGGAUCACGCCUGAGGCCUGGGACCAAAUUCAUUAAAUACUGGAAGAUGAAGAACAGCGGUACAAUGAGCUGGAACUCUGACACCAAACUGAAGUUCAUGUGGGGGAAUCUGGCGGUGGGUUCGGGGGAGAGGUGGAGGGAGGUGUCCGUGCCCACGCUGCAACCAGGUCAGGUGGGAUUAGUGAGCGUGGCUCUGUGCGCCCCCACCCUGGAGGGCACCUACACCUCACACUGGCGCCUGGCGCAUGGAGGAGAGCAGUUCGGGCCGAGGGUUUGGUGCAGCAUCGUCGUGGAUCCCGACGCUCCGACCGCCAUCUCCGCUGACGGCCUUCUGGUGUCUCCGUGUGUCACUCCUCAGGAGAAAUCGGCUCGGACUUUAGAGAGAGAGGAGAAAAACCGCACGGUGUCCCGGGAGCCGCUGCUCAUCACCGUGGAUCAGGACUGCGAUCAGGAGUUUUACAUUCCGUCCGUGGACCUGCUGACGGCACAGGACUUGCUGUCGUUUGAGCUUCUGGACAUUAACAUAGUGCAGGAGUUGGAGAGCGUUCCCAACAACACUCCCGCAGAUAUCACUCCAUGCAUUUCUCCUCUGCCCCAUGAUGCACUGCUGCAGGACAAAACUCCGGGGCUCAUUCAGGAGGAAGCUGGGGAGGAAACCCAAGCAGUCAAUAGCAUUCUGGACGUUGCUCAGGCUCCAGAGUUAGGAGGAGUUCCCGCCCAGGAGAAAGGAGAGGAGGACGUGAUUGGCCGUCAGUUUGUGAGCGAGUCUGUGAUUCGUUCUCUCACGCUUGGGGGCGUGUUAGAUCACGGCAUCCUGCAUGGGAGAGUCACCACCACUGUGUUGCGUCCGGCACCGCAGGGCUCCGUGUCUCUCUGUGAGAGGAGGAUGGAGAGAAUGUCAGAAAGCGCUGAAGUUCCGCUCUCAGAUCCACCUAAAGCCGAGCCGGAGGAACUUCCGGAUCCUUCUCCUCUCGUCUCCAUUCCUGCCGAACACAUCACUGCAGAUGAAGGGAACGAGUCGGACAUCGAGCGAAUCGUGGUGGAUCCGGCUGCUGGAGGCGAGCGCUUUGAGGAGGAAGAGGACUCCGAGGAGAGGAAGACGAAUAAGAAGAAAGUGCAGAAGGAGAAGAAGAAAGCGAAAGAUGCCGAAGAGGGUAAAGAGAGUCGCAGCAGGACGUCGUCCGCCUCCUCAGAGGAUUACAUCAUCAUCCUGCCGGACUGUUUCGACACCACCCGUCCUCUCGGAGAGUCCAUGUACAGCUCGGCCGUGUCCCAGCAAGGAGACGAGAGCUCGGAGCGUGUUAGCGCAGACGCUAACGACAUGCUGUGUGCAUCGCAGACGCUGGAUUCGGUGCCGCUCACACCUGUGAUCGUAGCUGCGCCGAGACCUUCAGCCAAGGCCAGCAGCUCAGAGACGGAGGAGCAGCUCGAAGCAGCAGAGACUCCACAGGAGGAGGAGCUAAAUCGGCCUGGAGGCAAAGAGGAGGAGGAGGAGCCAGAAGAUCAAGACGCUGCAUCCAGUCCGUCAGACACGGCGAACUCUUGUACAGCUGCUGACUCUGAGAUCCAGGAGCUCAAAGCUAACAGUAUAACAGGAGGUCUGGUGAAAGGCGCUCUGUCCGUCGCGGCCUCUGCGUAUAAAGCUCUGUUUACUGGACAGUCCGGCCCUGAACAGCUUCCUGAAGAAGCGGCCACUCAGGAUGCCAUGAUGGCCGUACUGGUGGAGAUGGGCUUUGCCGAUCGGGCGCUGAAUCAGCGUUUGCUGCAAAAACACGGCCCUAACCUCCUGGACGUCGUAAACGAACUCGUGCACAUGCAAGACAACGACUGGUACACCACCCGCUACUGACACACUCGCGUGAUCUACUUCCUCUUUUCUCCUCGUAUCUUCUGUCUGUCUGUCUGUCUGUCUGUCUGUGUGUGGGAGAGCGAGAGAGAGCGAGAGCGUGCGAGAGAGAGAUCUGGACUGUCUAGAGUGUUUAUGUGGACCGUGUUUAGGGAAACUGGGAUCAAAGAACUCAUGAGAAUUUCUUUGCAGCAUUCCCAGUGUGAAUCGACGAACUGCGUUUACGUUCAUGUCGUUAUAAGAGUUAUCGUUAGACCGGCGCUCAAAAGUUUUUGGACACCUUGCAACAAAAAAAAAGUCUGGAGUUUAAUAAAAUGAUCUGGAAUAAGUUUUAAGAAGGUCUGAGGUAUUUAAAAAAAAAUACUGGAACGAGUUAAAAAAAAAAAUUAAAUAAAAAAAGCUUCGGGGUUUAAAAAAUAAUCUAGAAUAAGACUCAAGUAAAUACUGGAGAAACUCUGGAAUUAAAAGCAAUUCUGGAAAAAUCCUGGUACAGAUUUUUCUGUGGGGAAAAAAAUGAAAUAAUUUAAGUAAAAAUAAAUAAAUAAAUAAAAGUUCUGGAGGAAAAAAAUAACCUGGGUCAUGUAACAAAAACCCAGAACAAUUCUGAGGGAAAAAAGGGAUUAAAGAUGGUGGAAAUUCUGUUAAAAGUCUUUUUAUUUAUUUGAUUUGAUUUGAUUAGAUUAGAUUUUUUUUUUUUUUUAAUUGCACAAAGAUGAAGCUCAGUGUCCUGAAACUUUUGCCAGUCCGUGACUGUAGUUACUUUAUUCGAAGGAAACCAUAAUGCAAAAAAACAGUGCUGUGAUCAUGACAAUGCAUGAAACUGGCUAAAAGUGAAACGUUUCACUGAGAAAAUGCUGAAUUUUUAAGUGUUACUACUGACUUUUAGGUUAUUUAUAAAUAGUUGUAGUGUUCCUGCUUGUAGCUUUUUGCGUAUGAAGCGUGUGGGGUUUAAUUCUCUGUGAGAGAGAGAGAGAGAACAUGGAGUUCGAUGUGCAAUAGAUUCAUUCGGCUGUAUGUGUGAAAUGUGGCUUAAACUUUAUCGAAGGGCGCGGAUUUCGCCGCGUGACGGUGAAGUCUGCAUGUCUUUUAAGUUGAGAACUGUAAUAAACAUUCUUUUUUUUUCUUCUUUUUUUUUAAAACCCCCACCCCUCCCCCUUUCCUGGGAUGCAUCGAUACCAUUCUUCCCAUCUACGAGUGUAUGUUUUUAGGUACGUGUCAUUACUGAUACACAAAUAAGUACUUAGUAUUAAUCAAUCAUUACGCACUUAGCCUACGAGUCUCGUUCUUUAUAAUAUCAGUGUCGUAGAUUCUCAUGAAAAAUAUUAUAAUAAUAAUAAUAAAAAUAGUGUGUUCGCUAGCUACAUUAGUUAGCUUGGCUUGAGUAGGACUUACAGAAAAUAGCAGGUUUUGUUUCAUUUAAAAACGACGUUUUAAUCUUCUUUCAUUGUUUUUAUUUUCAUUUUUAUUAUUCUCCCCUAGCGACGAACUCCUCGUGACCUUUUUUUAAAUUUAAUUUUAUUUGACAUUUAAGAGGUAUUCAGCACUUGUACUGUAGGAAGACGCUGCAGUUCCUCCUGUUGAUGUUUUGUUUUUGAGGAGUUUGCAGUCUGCGUGGUUUUGAGCAUGAAUUGUAUAAUACGUCCAUUAAAAUUUUUUAGCAUUUUUUUUUUUAUUUUUAUUGAGCUCAGUAAAUGAGUAUGGGUAUCGAUGCAUCCCUGAUUUUUGUUACGGUUGUUGUUCGUGUUUUUUUUUUUUUUUUUUUUUUUUUUUUUUUAGAAAUGCACUCGAAGAUCAGCUGUGUACGCUGAUAAUCAGUCAAAAAUGAUUAGUCUUAAAACUAAUUCCAUAUUCAUUAAAAAAAUAAUAACGAUGAUGAUGCAUCUGCAGUGUGUAAUUUAAAAUGUGUUGCUUUUAAAAAUUCUACAGUUGAUCCUAAAACUAAGGAAGGAUAAUUACUGUAUCAUGCUGUGAACCAUUUCGCGUUAUAUUAUUAAUAUAUAUAUAUUCAAAAAAGGAUUAACAACCCGAGUGGCAAUCAUAACAUAUCUACACUUGAUGUUAAACAUUGUAGAAAUGCUUGUAGUGAAGAAGCAAAAAAAAAAAAAAAAAAAAAAAGCCUUGUAAAAUGAUUUAUAUUUUGAUAAUUGAAUUUCCCUUGUACUUGAUGAUGACGUUUAAAAUCGAAACGCACCUUAAGGGAAUUUUCUUUAGCGUGAUCCGAAUCCGAAAGCAUUCCGCGUUAAUGCUGCUGUUUAAUUAUUUCCGACUUCUUGACGUACUGAAGAAGCUCAUGCUCGUCAGAAUGGGUGUAAAUACUUUGUUUCAUGGUCUGUACACUUAUUUAUUAUUUUUUUUCUGUGAACACAUCCCAUAAUUUCUUCCACUGAUUCUGCACCUUACUCCGGUGCUUUUAGGAGUCGUUAGAAAUGUUAAAAAAAAAAAAAAAAAAAAAAAAAAAAAAAGACCAAAUAAGACGUGGACCAUGUGCUUUAAUACUUUUAUUUAUUAGAGCGGAAAAGUUGUUUUUUUUUCUCUCUCUUUUGCACCGUGACGAGCAGAAAGCGGCGCCGUGAAUCAACUCAUGCUGUUCUUUAUGUAACGCACACCUGAUGUAUGAAUCUGUCUGUAAUAAACUGUCAUGACUAAA